CCUGCGGGAGACAGAAUUUGGGGUCUGAUCCCGUCCCCGGCUCCCCUCCCCCGGGCCGGUCGGGGCUGGGGGCCCGCGGGGGCCGCCGCGCUGGAGCCCCCGUACCGGCCCGAGGGCCCGGCUGCCCUCAGCCUGCGCGCGGUGGACUCCCUGGGUCUGGCCAUUGGCUGAUUUUUAAGCACCAAUUGUCAUGCAAUAGAGGCUGCCCGGGUCCGGGGUGCCACUUGGCCGUCGUAACUCCGGAUUCCCACGUAGGAGGUUUCUCUGGACCCGAGCAUCCGAAGCUGGAACUGGCAGGAGUUCAGAAGUUCGUGAAUUAGCAGGUUCCCCAGCGUGGGUUCUGCCGGGCAGUGGAAUCGUGAAUGGAUGUUAGAGUAUCUCAGCCGAGCACUGCUUUUUGAGUCUCCCAGCCCCCCGCAUCCCUUUGUAUACCCCGUAAUCGCCCUCCCCUUCUCUGGGAGAUCCUCGGAAAUCCGUUUUCCCGGUUUUCAAAUUGUGCUCCAGCAUCGCCAGGGUUGCAAAACGGAAUCGAUCGUGGUCCCAAGCGCAUCAGGACCUGCCAGUCCCAGACUAGACUUUGGGCUCCUUGAGUAGUUUCCAUUUUGUACUUUGGACUAGCCCCUCACCGUAUCCAGCAUGAAGUAACCUUCUUAAUGAUUAUCCUCAGCAGGACAGGUGUGAGAGGUUUGCUGUUGUGUUACAAUCAUGGUGCAGAAAUACCAGUCACCAGUGAGGGUGUAUAAACACCCCUUUGAGUUAAUUAUGGCUGCCUACGAAAGGAGGUUCCCUACGUGUCCUUUGAUCCCGAUGUUUGUGGACAGUGACACCGUGAACGAGUUCAAGAGCGAAGACGGGGCCGUUCACAUUAUAGAACGGCGCUGCAAGCUGGACAUAGACGCACCAAGGCUGCUGAAAAAGAUUGCAGGAGUCGAUUAUGUUUAUUUUGUCCAAAAAAACUCACUGAAUUCUCGGGAACGUACUUUGCACAUCGAGGCCCAUAACGAAACGUUCUCCAACCGGGUCAUCAUCCACGAACGUUGCUGCUACACUGUUCACCCUGAAAAUGAAGAUUGGACCUGUUUUGAACAGUCUGCAAGUUUAGAUAUUAAAUCUUUCUUUGGUUUCGAAAGUACAGUGGAAAAAAUUGCAAUGAAACAGUACACCAGCAACAUAAAAAAAGGGAAAGAAAUCAUUGAAUACUAUCUUCGUCAGCUGGAAGAAGAAGGCAUCACGUUCGUGCCCCGUUGGACUCCGCCUCCCAUAGCUUCCUCUUCAGAGACGUCCUUGUCCUGCAAGAAACAGGCGGCGUCCUCGGCUGCUGUCGUCUCGGAUGCUGCUCAGGCGGAGGGGCUGGGUGGCGAGGCCCUCAGCAGCCCCGGCGGGCCGCCCGAGCCGGCGGCGGGGACCCCUGAAGACAAACUAGACGCAGACUACAUCAAGAGAUACCUGGGGGACUUGACCCCGCUGCAGGAGAGUUGCCUGAUCCGGCUUCGCCAGUGGCUCCAGGAAACCCACAAGGGCAAAAUUCCAAAGGACGAGCACAUUCUUCGGUUCUUACGUGCCCGGGACUUCAACAUCGACAAAGCCAGGGAGAUCAUGUGUCAGUCUUUGACUUGGCGGAAGCAGCACCAGGUGGACUACAUCCUCGAUACCUGGAGCCCCCCCCAGGUCCUCCAGGACUACUACGCCGGAGGCUGGCACCAUCACGACAAAGACGGCCGGCCGCUCUACGUGCUCAGGCUGGGGCAGAUGGACACCAAGGGUUUGGUGCGAGCGCUCGGCGAGGAGGCUUUGCUGCGAUACGUUCUCUCCAUAAACGAAGAAGGGCUGAGACGGUGUGAGGAAAAUACAAAAGUCUUUGGUCGACCUAUCAGUUCGUGGACCUGCCUGGUGGACCUGGAGGGUCUGAACAUGCGCCACCUGUGGAGACCCGGCGUCAAGGCCUUGCUGCGCAUCAUAGAGGUGGUCGAGGCCAACUACCCCGAGACGCUCGGCCGCCUCCUCAUUCUUCGCGCCCCCAGGGUGUUUCCCGUCCUCUGGACGCUGGUUAGUCCAUUCAUCGAUGACAACACCAGAAGGAAAUUCCUGAUUUACGCAGGAAAUGACUACCAGGGUCCUGGCGGCCUGCUGGAUUACAUCGAUAAAGAGAUUAUUCCAGAUUUCCUGAGCGGGGAGUGCAUGUGUGAAGUGCCCGAGGGCGGACUGGUCCCCAAAUCUCUGUACAGGACCGCGGAGGAGCUGGAGAACGAAGAUCUCAAGCUGUGCACCGAGACCAUCUACCAGUCUGCCAGCGUCUUCAAGGGAGCCCCGCACGAGAUCCUCAUUCAGAUUGUGGAUGCCUCUUCGGUGAUCACUUGGGAUUUUGACGUGUGCAAAGGGGACAUCGUCUUCAACAUCUACCACUCCAAGAGGUCGCCCCAGCCUCCCAAAAAGGACUCCCUGGGGGCGCACAGCAUCACUUCCCCGGGAGGGAACAACGUGCAGCUGAUAGACCGAGUCUGGCAGCCGGGCCGUGACUACAGCAUGGUCGAGUCCCCUCUGAUCUGCAAAGAAGGGGAGAGCGUGCAGGGCUCGCACGUGACGCGGUGGCCGGGCUUCUACAUCCUGCAGUGGAAGUUCCACAGCAUGCCGGCGUGUGCCGCCACCAACCUGCCCCGGGUGGACGACGUGCUGGCCUCGCUGCAGGUGUCGUCCCACAAGUGCAAAGUGAUGUACUACACCGAGGUGAUCGGGUCCGAGGACUUCCGGGGCUCCAUGACCAGCCUGGAGUCCAGCCACAGCGGGUUCUCGCAGCUGAGCGCCGCCACCACGUCCUCCAGCCAGUCUCACUGCGGCUCCAUGGUUUCCAGGUAGUGCCGCGACGCCCGUGCCCGGUGCGCGGAGGGGACAGCGCGCCUCCUCGGACGGCCCGCCGCGCUCCGCCCCCUGCCGGCGGCCGCGUUGUGCCGACUCGUCACCUUGUAGGCCGCGGAUAGCUCUGCAGGCGGCAGUCGUAGUCCUCCGCCCCGGGCCCUCUCGGCAGGUAGUUUUAACUCUAACUCGAUAGCCAUAGAUUUUGUACACAGUGGGCACAAAAGCAAACCAGAGCACAAGGGCUCCCUCGAAAGGCAAGUAGCUCGUGUACAGUUAAGACGUUGACUUUGCCUCCGAAGCUGAUGCAAAAAACGUUUCCGACAACCUCCACACGCUGUCCCUUAGUGGAUGGGUCCCCACACCGUCCUUCAGAGACGAGCCACCCCCAUACCCGGAGCGGAAGCUGCCAGCUGGUCCCCACCCCGCGUGCACAGCCGACCCGGCCCGCAGGUUGAGUGGCCGCCCCCCCCCCCCCCCCCCGUCGUUCCCGGGGGCAGACCUGCUACCCCGGGAGGCCUUGGGGGUGGCCGGUGGGAGCGCCGAGCUCUGCUCCCGCGGGCAGGUGCGUCCACGGUCAGGGGACCCUCGGGGACUCCCCGCGACGCCCGGAAACCACCGCCGUCAUUAAACACUUCCUCUUGCCUCCUUUUCA